AUGUACACUACUUGCCAUACAGUAAUGCAAACUUUAGCGCCUUUGCCAGAGCCAGACCUCUCCUUAAACAUAAGCCCGCCUUUCAUUUCAGAUUCUGAGGCCAAAGAAGUGGGAAGCUACAAUGGAUUAACAUUAACUAGCAAAACGCUUUACAACGACAUGUGCUCAACCUCUGAUUCAGGUAGCAGUGGAAGUGAUUCAAGCCAUGAAAAUGGCUUUUCCCACAAGGGAACUGUCUAUAAACUUGGUCAUCAUGAACCAACAUUGAGCUUAGGCUUUGAAACGGAAGAUUUGAAUCCCCAUCCAGCACGAGGACUCUCAAGAAACUUUAAUGAUCACAUCCACAGCUACCAACCUCACAUCUAUAGCCGCGAUUUCAAACGAAAUGCUAGAGUCAUUCAUGGUGUGAAAAGAAGCAUCAGAGCUCCUAGAAUGAGAUGGACUACAACCCUCCAUGCUCAUUUUGUCCACGCAGUUCAGCUUCUUGGUGGUCAUGAAAGGGCAACUCCUAAGUCUGUGUUAGAGUUAAUGAAUGUUAAGGAUCUAACCCUAGCUCACGUCAAGAGUCACUUGCAGAUGUAUAGAACAGUGAAGAGCACUGACAAAGGCACAGGUCAUGGGCAGACAGAUAUGGGCUUCAACCAAAGGACACGGAUUGUCGAUCUGCAUGGAUCAGUCUCAGCUUGUGAGAGAGGCAAUUUGCCACAGCCAUUGCAAACAUCCCAGAGGGCAUCAUGGCAAACAUCAAGGGAGACAAAUACAAAUAACUAUAGACAAAAACCUGUAGUCAGUUUGAUGUACUCUGAUCUGAAAGGAAACCAAACCAUGGUAAGUUGGUUGGAUUCUAGCUCUUUGUCACGUUCCGAGGUGAUGCUUGACCUAGAAUUCACCCUUGGAAGGCCCGCUUUGCAAACAGACCACGCGGAAUCAUCCAGAGAGUUAACUCUUCUCAAGUGUUAA